UUUGAUUCAAUGGGAAAGUAUGUGGGAGGGAGCGGCAAGGAGAAAAAUAGUUCAUGAAAAUACCGAUUCUGUAAUUAGAUUUCCGAAUUUCGGCAGGCUAUAAAUUUGCCAGUAGCAAGAUACACAUUUUAAAAUUGAUAUUUAAAGCUAUUUGAAUAUAUACAUUGAAACAGUUUGUGCUGAUUUAUUCUAGUGUACGUAAAUAAGGAACUAUAUAUUUUACGCGGAUUGUGUUAGCCUAUGCAGUGACUAGAAUUCUAGAUCUGCUCAUGCAAUGGCUGAUUGAAGACAGUGUCCUGUGAAAAGUUUAGUGAACGUUGUGUAGAUCUACUAAUUUUUUUGGACUCUACAUUUAAACUGAACUUUUCUUUUUAUUGUAACAUAUAAUACGUUAGCUUGGAAUAUGCCUUGGAGGAUAAGUUCUGUUAUACUGGCCUUCUUGUGUCUGAAUGGAUUAACUAUCGCUUAUUCUUGGGAUAAAACCCCUCAUGAAAAGGAUUCUGAGACAAAGAGUGGAGAUAUCAAGUUUGAUUUCGAAAAUGGCAGUGGAUCUUUUUCUGAUGAUGAAGACUUUGGGCUGUCUGGCUCAGGAUCAGGCAGUGGAAUGGGUGAUUUCAAUGAAAAAGAUACCACUACCGCAAAACUUUCUGUACCCCCUGUCGUGAGUACCACCACGGUAGUCACCUCUACCACCACUACCACCACCACCGCAAGAAAAUUGUCAGACUGCCAGUUGGCACGUGAGGAGAGCAAGAACACACUUGGGGUGUUCGUGCCCCGGUGCCUUGAUGAUGGCUCCUAUGAUGCCCUGCAGUGUAACGGACAUAAAGGAACUGGUGAUUGCUGGUGCAGUGAUCUUGAUGGUAAACUUAUCAUGGGUACCUUGAUGAAAGCACCCAAUUAUCCAGACUGCGAAACAGGUCUCAACCUGAGCCUCUGCAUAUUCCGCACUGUGAAACAUGUUAGGACAAGCCCCCGACUGCUAGGUGUCUACCGUCCUCAGUGUGUGAAUGAUCUGUUUGAAAAAGUCCAGUGCCACGGGUCCCUGUGUUUCUGUGUGGAUGAGAAGACAGGUAUCAAGGUGACUGGCACUGACACACACAAACCUAAAAUGCCUAAUUGUGAAGUUGAUGUAGAUGAACCAAAAAUUGUAGCUGUGGAUACUAAAAAAGAAGAAAGCAGCAGCGAAAAUGAGGAAAAGAAUAUAAUUGACCUUGAUGAAGGAGAGGGUAACCCAGUAACCGAUCAAGAUGAAAAGCCUGAUAAAAUAAACACAGUUUCAAAGGGAAAUGAUGAAGAUGAUGAUGAAGAAAGCAAACCUGACUCAGAUGACAACAAAACUGACAAUGACUCUGGGACGAAGAUUCAACACAGCAGUGAGGGUAGAGUGGAGAAGGCGACAAGUGAAAUCAUGACACAACCAGGCAUACUAGCAGGUAUCAUUGGAGGUUCAGUCGUGAUUUUGCUGUGCCUGGUGCUGCUUAUAAUGUUUGUUGUUUAUCGCAUGAGGAAGAAAGAUGAAGGCAGCUACCCACUAGAUGAACCAAGGAAGACACCAAACUACUCAUACGUCAGAGCACCAGAGAAGGAAUUUUAUGCGUAAAUCAUUGCAUCCGUGACUGGACUUUUUCUUCAUUAUUUCAAACUUGUUUGCGCUGAAGGUUGAUUCAAUUUAAGCAAUUUAUUUAAUGCAUGUACUAAAGAACAAAUAUUUUAUUACCGUUAUUUUUUAUUUGAAUAGAUUUUUUUUUAAAAAGAUCACUUUUGAUUACUUAAUUACAAUAUAUAGGGUAAACAAAAAAUAUUUUUACUUGUUUCUUAAACAUUUGGAAGAAAUAAUUUUUAUCGGCUUCAUUGCUGUUUUCUGUAUGUAAAGAUCACUGCUACCACAAAGAUGACAGCACAUAAGUCCACCCACCGUGUUUCAUAUUUCAUUAUGUUCUGGGUCAGGCUUUGGGUAGACUUGUCAAGCAGUGAAGCCACAGUCAGGUGGUAACCUACCUGCGUUAUACACUUAUCAGUUAGCACAUUUUUAUUGCUUCAACCUGAUACAAUACUAGGCUCGCAUAUAAUUAUCUGAGGUGCCUUUAUGACCACAUUCAUGGAUGUGGCAUUUUUUUUCUUCAAAUUUAUUAUAUAUAUAUAUAUUUGUAUUAUUAAAAAUAGUAAUCUUUAAGUAUAAACAAGGUAAUGAAAGAAUAGUACAUCGUACCUGUGCAAGCACUGAAAUAUACAAAUUUUUUAAAAUAGUGAUGUAAUCUUUAUCUUCCAUUGUAUUUCUUCAAAUGUUGAAAUGGGAAUGCAUUGAAAUGGGUUUUUAUUUCAAUUGGGGGGGAGCUAACAAUAAUUUACUGUUUUGAAUAUGUAUUCAGAUAUUUUUUCUGUCAUUUUAAUUUUUUUUUUGUAAUUAAUGAAGAAAAAAAAUUGAAAAUCGUUCCAAUAAUUGUGUUUAUUUAUUUAAUAACAAAUAUUUUACUUUUAGCAUUUUGUCAAAAAUCUUUUUUUAAACAUGUGUUUAUGUGUUUUUUUUGUGUAGAAACAUCAUUAAUUUCAUCAUUUUCAUCAUCAUCGAGCUUGUCUAUAUUUGAUGCAUUUUCAUAAUAACACUAUCUUCUUGUCAAUACACCAAUGGUCUAAAAUUUAUUGCCUGCUUUACUUGUAAACUGGAUCACAUCUUUGUAAGGUUUUGUAAUAUAUUUCAUACCACAGUUUGUUGGCAUUUAACAGCUUUCAUGUUUUCUAUAGUGAUUCUUUUUUGCAAAGUUAAUUUAAUGUUAUUUUAAAUACAAAAUUAUAUAUUUCUUUAUUAAAAAUACUUAAAUCCAAAAAUUUGCAAUCACUGAUUUUUACUGAAUUAAUUGUAUCGAGUAAUGUAAAUUUAAAUCUGAAUUUUUUUUUAGUGAUAUAGAAGUGUUAAGCUGUUAAAAGAUUGAUUGUAGCUAGUGUCAGUAGUGUGUAGAAUCUAAUAUAUAGUAUAUUCCUAUAUAAUUAUGACGGUUCAGUUUCUCCGGCAAGUUUUGUAUCUUGUUUUUCAUGUUUAAAAUAUCUGCUGAUAUAUCAUAGUUUAAACUGAAGUAAAAUCUCCCUUCAAUGAAGUUAUCCUCCAUCUCCACCCCUCUUUUUGUUAGUAUGAAGAAAGUUGUAACGAAAUUUCUUUUUUUUUAAUACAUUCUUUUUCAUUGGAUGGAAAUCAUGCAACUCCUGUAAAUGUUAGGCCUGUGUGGAUGUCUCUUAAAAUUGCUUUGCUGUGUUUAAAUGUCAAAAAUGUUGACACCCAUUUUUACUGAAAUAAACACGAUUUUUCCGUUCAAACUAAAAUAUGUAUUUUACAAUUUUUUAUGUUAAAACCUAAAGGGCCAUUGCACUUUUGAUUAACACUGUAGGAUCUACAACAAACGGGCAAUUGGUCCUAAGUGUUCCUCAAUUUCAGUAAUUGUUCCUCUCAUCGUUAUUGUGUGUUCUUUAAAGAAAUGCAGAAACUAUGGAUGUUUUUUUUUUUAAAAUAGGACCAGUCGAAAACUUUUUUUUAAAUUAAUGUAUAUACUUUCAAAUUUAACUGUUGUGAUUGUUAGAGUCAAGAAAAUUGUAUUUAUUCAAGUCACAGGGCUUCUGAAAAAAAAUAUGAAAGAAUAAUAAGAAUCUUACAGCAAAAAAAAUAAAAUAAACAAAAUAACCAUAAAGCAAAUCAUGGUGUCACACCCUAGUGUAUUCAUACACUUGGAUGGAACUAUUUUCAUAAUUUGCUGCUGUGAUCAGUUUUUUCUGUGUAGCACAUCUAUUAAAAGAAUUUCUUUUCAUGAUGUAAAUAAUCCAUAGUAGAGACUUUUUUGUGCUGGUUGACCUGGCUGUAGAUAAAAAUACAUUUUUAUUUUUAAAAGCAAACCUAUGGUAGCAAAUUCUUCUAGACUUGAGCUAGUUGUUUAACUGGGGCAUUUUAUUUUACAAGAAUUUAACAAAUUCAAGCUAUGCUACUUUUGCUUCACAAAUUCAUCAGAUUUAUCAUCAUUUAAUAUUUUGAAACAGUUAUACUUGUGUCAUGAAUUUUAUGUAGAUACAUUUUUCAAAUUAAUAUUUAUGUACGAGAAAAACUCUCUGAAAGUGAAAGUGUCAGGCUUUUUUUUUUU